CAAGUCAAGCAGCUCUCGAACUUUGUGGAUACAUCUAUGGACUGUUAAAGAACCGACUGGGUAAAAGCAGUGGCGAUAUAGCGGCUUCCUAAAUCGACGUGAAGACGUUGCAUCCAAAAUCUGCUAACAGGAUUUUAUCGGCAUUUUCCAAAGCAAUCCCAUCGUUAAGAAGCGAAUGUGCAGACGAUCAGAGAGCUUUGUCUGCAUCAUCUUAAUGACAGUCGCUAUGGAAGACCACAUAGGCUGGUCUACACUGUAGAAUGGUCGCACAUAGUAACGUGGAAGGCAAUGCGACAGCAACACAUAACAGAGCAAGGAUUGAACUCUCGGCAGCAGAUUCCCAACCCCACCAGCCCAGGCAGCACCAGCAUGUGGUCCCUGGCCCAGAGAACCAGAUGCGCUUCAGACCCUUCAGAAACGAGAGGGACUUCAAAAUCAUCACCAUGACUACCUCUAUGCUAGAGAACAGUGGUUUCUACUGGGGUCCCAUGACAGUGGAGGAGGCCCACUCCAGACUCAAGGAUGAGCCGUUGGGAACUUUCCUGAUCCGAGACAGUAGGCAAAAAGACAUCUUCUUCACUCUGAGCUACAGAGCGUCUUCGGAGCCAACCAGCAUUCGGAUCAAUUUCCAGAACUCCAAAUUCAGCCUGGUGGGCAGCAAGGAGUCCUUUGACUCUCUGUUUAAACUGUUGGAACAUUACAUUGCUUCACCCAAGAAGAGCCUUGUAAGGCCUUAUAGGAAAGUUAAAGUGCAAUCUUUACAGGAACUGUGCCGGAAAAGGAUUAUUGAAGAAUGUGGCGGGGAGAACAUAGACAGCAUCCCAGUAAAUGUUGUCCUCAGAGACUUCCUGAAAUCCUUUCCCUAUCGGAUAUAAAGACAAAUCCAAUUGCAUUAAAUCACUGCCUCAGUAUGUUAAAGACACUUGACAGUUUAUGUGUUGCUGGUCGGCGUUGUUGUUGUGAAAGUAUUGUAUUUUGUAGCAAACUAAAAUAUUUUGAAAGAAGACUUGAACACUCUACAUUGGCUG